AACUCUGACCUCCAUAAAAUAGUCUUGCCUAGCCAGUACAUUUUAAGUUUAACGACUGGACUGUGUAGCCUGUAAAACAAUCCAAGACGAGACAAAAAUGGUGCUGGAAAGUACGAUAGUGUGUGUUGACACAAGUGAAUUCAUGAGAAAUGGUGAUUUCCUACCAACAAGGAUCCAGGCACAGCAAGAUGCGGUCAACCUCGUCUGCUCCUCAAAAACUCGCUCAAAUCCUGAAAAUAAUGUAGGCUUAAUAACAAUGGCAAAUGUGAAAGUGCUAGUGACUUUGACUACAGAUGUCGGUCGCAUCCUUGCUACCCUCCACCAGAUGCAACCAUCAGGGAAGAUGACCUUCCUGACUGGUGUAAAAGUUGCCCAUCUUGCACUAAAACACAGACAGAGCAAGAACCAUAGAAUGAGGAUCAUCGUAUUUGUAGGGAGCCCUCUAGAGUCUGAUGAAAAGGAUAUUGUCAAACUAGCAAAAAAAUUGAAGAAGGAGAAAGUGAAUGUUGAUAUUAUAAACUUUGGAGAAGAUAAUGUUAAUACUGAAAAGUUGACUGCAUUUGUGAACACAAUCAAUGGAAAGGAAGGAACAGGGUCACAUCUUGUAACCAUACCCCCUGGCACAAUGCUGUCAGAAGCCCUCAGACAGUCCCCCAUUGUCAUGGGUGAAGAUGGGUCUGGGGCAAUGCCAUCCAUUCCUGGGGGCUCUGGUGGCGAUUUUGAAUUUGGCUUUGACCCAGCAUCUGAUCCUGAGCUUGCUAUGGCGCUGCGAAUUUCAAUGGAAGAGCAAAGACAGCGACAUGAUGUUGAGACUGUCCAGCCAGGAGUGCAAGAGACAGAGACUGAGAUGGAGACCAAUAUACUAUCAGGUGCAAUCCAAGUAGAAGCUGAUUCAGAGGAUGCAUUGUUGGAGCAGGCCCUAGCUAUGUCUAGAGACCAGCCUGUAAGUGCUGAUACAAUAGACACAGCAGAUAUCUCCCCCAUGCCAGACUUAGGGGCAAUGACAGAGGAAGAACAGAUUGCCUAUGCUAUGCAGAUGUCUUUACAAGCAAGCUCUCUUGAAUUAGCAGGCCUAGACUCUACAGAACCAAAAGAAACACCAAUGGAGACAGACUCCACUGAUGCCACACCAUCAACAAUGGAGCCCGAUUCAGAAGACCUCUCUGAAGUGAUGUCUGACCCAGCUUUUCUUCAGAGUGUCCUGCAAAAUCUACCUGGUGUUGAUCCAUCCAGCGAGGCCAUCAGAAACGCAAUGGGAUCGUUGACCCAACAAGAAGAUGUAAAAGAUGAUAAGAAAAAGGAGAAAUAAUGAAAAUAGGGACAUGUGAGACUGUUCAUUGAUGUGUCAAGAUGCUUCAAAAUCUUUCUAAUAUUCUAUUAAUUAUACUUCUAAAUAAUUGUCAGCUGUUUGAUGUAAACAACUGGAACCACUAUAACAAAACUGAUAGAUAUGUGGACAUAUUAGACAACAGGUACUUGGUUCUUUUUCAAAGCAGAGAAUUAAAGAUUUGAUCAACAGGAAUUGAUUGGCUUUGCCUAUGUGCACUUCACCAAUGCUGUCAUUAUUGUUUCUGCAAAUAAACUGUUUAUAUUUAUCUCUCCCCUCUAUUAUGGAUUCCCCUGCAACUAUUAAUACGCAUAAUACUCAUUAGGGAUUUUCCAAAACUACAGAUCUUGAAGGCUUACUAAUUGCAAUUCAUAAUUUUAUAACCUGCAUUAGAAUUGUCUUGAAUAAAAAAUCCUGAGGGACAAUAUUUAUAGUCAAGAAUGUUACAAUAACACAUUGUAUACAGAAUUGCCAGUACUGCACAGAAGAAAAGUUGUUGAAGAAAUGUUUUGUUUGUUGAGGUAUGGCACAGUAGGUCCGACAUUUCUAUACUACCUUCCACAAUAAAUUGUUUCAAGGCACUUUUAAACCACUAAAUAAACUACAGUACUACACUAUUAUAAAAUUAUUGGAUUAAUAUUUGUGAACACAAACGGGAGGAAGGUGCACACCACCAAUGUUGGUAUGUUGCAUCCCGUAAUUACUGUGGCCUGUGAAGGAGAUAUUUCUAUCUGUCCUGUCCUAAAGCUAAGUUGUUAUAAAUACAUCUGAUAUGCCCAUAUAUGGAAAAAGAAAAUUAGAAUUACUAUAAAUUAAACUUCACAUUAAUUGCUUUUCCAACUGUGAAAGCACAUAAAAUGUUCCUAUAUUAUUAUGUAAUAAUAUGACAAUGUUCUAAAAACUCUAUACCAUAGUACUGUAUAUAUGAAUAAAUUGUGUUUGCAUGACA